AUGCAUCCAAAUGAUAUAAAAAAGAGGUUGGAAAGAGAUUAUGGUGUGAAGUUGACAUACAAGCAAGCAUACAGGGCCAAGGAAAAAGCGUUGGAGGACAUACAUGGCAGACCUGAUCAAACUUACAUGCUUAUUCCAUGGAUAUGUGACCGGUUGAAGGAAACCGAUGACAAAACAGUGGCAAAAUGGGUGGCUGCAAGGAACAACAGAUUUGAGCGUGUAUUCAUAGCCUAUGGAUGUUGUAUAGAGGGUUUUAUUGCUGGUGCUAGACAUGUACUGUAUAUUGAUGGAAGUCAUUUAAGUGGACCGUAUAAGGGGACACUACUUUCAGCGUCGGCUUAUGAUGCGGACAACGAAUUAUUACCUUUUGCCAUUGCGAUUAUCGACAAUGCAAUUAUAGGUGCUGUGCAAGCAAUAUUCGGAGGUGAGCAACAUGCGUACUGUUACAGACAUGUUAAGGAGAAUUUCAGUACACAAAUGAUCAAGUUAAAUAGAGGAAAAAGGAAGACAAGUGGCAACACAAGGGAGGAUGGACUGCAUUUCCUAGAUGCCAUUGCAUAUGCAAGGCUUGACACAGAGUUUGAUCAAGCAAUGGAUAACAUGAGACACUUCAAUUCCCAAUUAUUUGAAUGGCUUGUCAAUCAUGGUGAUAUUCACAAGUGGGCCUUAAGCAAGUUCCCUUUUAAACGAUGGGACAACAUAACAAUAAACCUUGCAGAGUCAUUCAAUGCGUGGAUGCUGAAGGAGAGAAGAUAUAAUGUUGCCCAACUUAUACAUGAGCAUCGUGAAAAAGUAGCCAAGAAGAUGUAUGCAGCAAGCAUGACAAUGAGCAAAUGGAAGAAUGGUGUAGGCCCAAAUACAAAUGCAACAUUGAUGGAAAAUGUGGCGAGAUCUGCACAGAUGUUAAGUGUUCCUUACGGAAGGGGUAGGGUGUGUGUCCAUACAGCAAAAGGAGCCAUUAAUGUUGAUCUUGAAAAAGGUGAAUGUAGCUGUGCAGCUUGGCAAAUGUCAGGCAUCCCAUGCCCACAUGCAUGUGCAGCUAUCAAGGCCUUGAAUUGCAAUGUGUAUGAUUUUGUUGAAGAAUGCUACAAGAUUACGUCCCAACAAAAGAUUUAUGGUAGGACGAUGACUCCAGUGGUGACAAUCGACAUGCCAAAUCCUAAUAACUAUCGGCUGCAAGAUAUAGCAAGUCAAGUGUUUUUGGCACCACCUUUGACUAGUCGACCACCUGGAAGGCCUAGGAUAAAUAGGCAAGAGUCGCAGUUUCAAAACAAGAAAGUCUACCAUUGUAGUGCAUGCCAGCAAGUUGGCUACACAAGAAGAACAUGCAAGAAUCCAAGCCCAACUUAA